GGGAAGACGGGAAGGGCGAGGGCCAUGGGUGACACUGGCAGCCGGGCCCAGGGAGGGACAGAGCUCCACAAGUCACCUGCUGGGCCAGGAGGAGCUGUGAGUCAUCCCCGUGCCUCCCUCCGCCCUGGACUUUGCCUCCGGUGGAUGCUCGGGGCCAUAAAAGCGGCAGAGGCCAGGGAGGGACUGGGACACGCAGGGUCAGCGCAGGGCGGUGGGGCCCGGAGCGGCGUCCCUGCGGCCAGGCCCACCGUGCCCACAUGCAGCAGGUGCCUGGGGGGCAGAGCCCACCCCCGGGGCCCUCCGAGGCCACGGCCGCUGAGACCAAGGCCACUGAGAUCAAGGCUGUCAUCGUCGGGGACGGAGGCUGCGGGAAGACGUCGCUGCUGAUGGUCUUUGCCAGAGGGGACUUCCCCAAGGUCUACGUCCCCACGGUGUUCGAGAAGUACACGGCCUCCUUCCAAGUUGACGGAAAACCCGUGAAGAUCCACCUCUGGGACACGGCAGGGCAGGAGGACUACGACAGGCUUCGCCCACUGUCCUACUCAGACGCCAAUGUUGUCCUCAUGUGCUUCGAUGUCACCAACCGCAGCAGCUACGACAACAUCCUGACGAAGUGGUACCCGGAGGUGAACCACUUCUGCAGGGGCGUCCCCAUCCUGCUGGUGGGCUGCAAGACCGACCUGCGGCAGGACCCCGAGGUGCUGCGCGAGCUGCGGCAGGGCCGCCAGGAGCCCGUCACCUUGCAGCAGGGAGAGGCCAUGGCCCGGCUGGUCCACGCCGCGUCCUACUUCGAGUGCUCGGCCAGAUACCAGGAGAACGUCCGGGACAUCUUUGCUGCCACCUGCGCCACCGCACUGCGCUCCGCCCGACGGCCCCGACGCAGGAGAUGGCCCCGGGGGGGCUGCACGCUCUGCUGAGACCCCGCACCCCCGGCUCAGCC